AUGACUUUCCAUCCAGACACACUCCCCUGCCUCAAAGGCAAGGUAUUCAUAGUCACUGGUGGAAAUUCCGGCAUUGGUUACCACACCGUAGCUCGGUUAGCAGAGCAUGACGCGCAUGUUUAUCUAUGCGCCCGAUCAGCCGAGAAAGGCACAGCAGCUAUUGCCAGAAUCAAGGAAAUGUACCCAUCAGCGAACAUUGAUCUCCUGCAAAUGGACCAUAUGAACCUUACCAGUGUCGUUACGGCCGCUAAGCGUUUCCUCGCACUUGAAACGGCAGUACACGGCUUGGUCAACAAUGCAGGCAUCAUGGCGACACCCUUCCGAAUGACCGAAGACGGUCACGAGGCUCAAUGGCAGACCAACUACCUCGCACACUGGACUUUCACAGAGCAUUUGCUUCCUCUCAUGCUGCAAACUUCUAAGAGUCUUUCCCCCGGCAGCGUGCGCAUCGUCAACUUAAGUUCAUCGGGUCACUGGGGCGCACCGAAAUGCGGUAUCGACUUCGAAGAUACAUCACUCAAGAAUGACGGGCCAUGGGAGCGAUACGGGCAAAGCAAGCUCGGUAAUAUUCUGCACACAACAAAUUUGCACACGAGGUACGGUCCGGGCUCUCAGAGUGCGCUGAAAGGGGGAGGCGAGAUCUGGGUUGCAUCCGUACAUCCAGGUCUGGUCGAAACAAAUCUCGGCGAAGCAGUAAAGGAGUCUGGAUCGUGGAUGAUGCCGCUUUUUUCGGUAUUUCGUGUUUUUGGAUUAUUCUUGACUGCUGACAAAGGUUCAUGGACCAGUUUGUUCUGUGUGGCAAGCCAAGAUAUGAAGGCGGGGCAUAGCGGUGGCUAUCUCGAAAUUCAACGCAAGUUUACGGAGUUCUCGUGGUUGAGUCGUGCAGCGAAAGAUGGGAAGCUUACAGAGAAGCUGCACGAGUGGACACGGGAGUUGAUGAAGAAGGAAGGGUAUGUUCAGUAA